UAAUUAGCUCAAUCAAAGAGCAAAAUAAAAGGAAAGUAAAAGCUCAUCAUGAGCAAGCAGAAAACCUAAAAGGGAAGUAAGAAAAAAAGAUCCUCUUUGGCUCUCUCACAAGGCACGUUCCCUUUUCUCUAAUGAUGGGAAUACAGUUUCUGCACUCUCUACCCCUUAUAAUUUCUUCUUCAUAGGUUCUCCUCCCUCCUCUCUCUCUCUCUCUCUCUCUCUCUCUCUCUCUUCUUCUAUCUGUUUCUGACAGUCAUGAGUUUUUGUACUUUUUUCCCAGAAAAAUCCCACAACUACCCCAACAGGGAGAGAGGCCAUAAUAAUAACAUGAGCAGAUUGGCUCCUUUCUUGGUCGCAUUUCUAGCCACUGCCACCAUUUUUAGCUUGUUCGUACUCUAUUCUCCAAACCCUUUUUUAAUUUCUCCCAAACAGGGCCUUAACGAUCUCAAUUCUGUUCAAAACCAGACAUCCAUUCAUGCAGCACAGAAAGAACAUCAAGCCCCUGAUCGCACUAACAUCAAGCUCCUACCGCCACCAAAGAAGGAAGAGGAGUGUGAUUUGUUCAAGGGUCAUUGGAUUCCGGAUUCGAGAGGAGCAAUGUACACGAAUUCGAGCUGCGCCACGAUUCCGGAAUCAAAAAAUUGUUUCAGAAAUGGGAGGAGGGACAGGGAUUUUCUGAAUUGGAGAUGGAAACCGGACAAGUGCGAGCUUCCGCGGUUUGACCCGAAAACGUUUUUGGAAAUUGUUCGGGGAAAGAAAAUGGCGUUCAUCGGCGACUCUGUCGCCAGGAACCAUGUCGAGUCUCUUCUCUGCCUCUUGUCACAGGAGGAAAACCCUAAAGACAUUUACAAGUAUUCCGAUGACCGGUUCAGGAUAUGGUACUUUCCUCAGUACGACUUCACCCUCAUGAAAUUAUGGUCCAAAUAUCUCAUAGCUGCAGAGGAGAGGAUGGUUAACGGUUCAGGAUCCGGCAUUUUUGAUUUACAACUGGACAAGGUCGACGAUAAAUGGGCAGAACAGCUUCCGGAAUUAGACUACGCUAUAUUCUCAGGCGGGCAUUGGUUUUUUCGUCUAAUGUACCUACACGAAGGUGACAAACUUACCGGAUGUGUUUACUGUAACGAACCUAAUGUCACCGAAUACAACAACAGCCAAGCCUUGCGCAUGGCUUUUCGAGCUAUAUUCAAGUACAUAAAGGAUUGCAAAAACUGCAAGGGAGGCCUCUUGACCUUGUUGAGGACAUUUGCGCCAGCACAUUUUGAAGGCGGGGCUUGGAACACCGGGGGAUACUGCAACCGAACAAGUCCUUUGAGCGAGAGGGAAAUCGAUUUAGGGACGUUUGAUUGGGAACUGAGGAGCAUUCAGGUUGAGGAGUUUGAAAGAGCAAAAAAAGAAGGGGAGAUGGAGGGGAGGAGGUUUAGGGUUUUGGAUAUAACUAGGGCAAUGCUUAUGAGACCGGAUGGGCACCCGGGAGCUCACUGGGGAAACAAGUGGAUGAAAGGUUACAACGACUGUGUGCAUUGGUGCAUGCCAGGCCCUGUUGAUUACUGGAACCAUUUUUUGAUGGAGAUUAUCCGAAACGAGGGAGGAGGGUUUAGGGUUUAGUUAGAACUUAGUACAAACAUUCAUACAAAUCCAUACUUAAUAGUUUAUUAUACCUAUUUUUUAAUUUUGUUUUUC